CGGCGUGAGUGAAGGUGGAAUAAAGCUGGGGGUUGAAAAGCUCGUUUUGAUAUAACCUGUUGCAUUCGCACGCCAGCUCUCGAAGGUGUGUGUCGAUCGAAACGACAAUUGCAGAAUCGGUCAAGUGCGAAAAAUCGUUCGGUGAUUUUGGUCUGAGGCGUUAGAAAUCAACCCCCUACUUGUCGUGUUGUGUUCAAGCUGCUGCUGCUGAGUGACAUUGAGAAUAGGAGCUACUUAAGAUUUUAAAUUCGAUUGGUGUGGAGAAAAAGACUGAAAUGCAGGCUCCUCAGUUCAAAGAGUUCGCCAAGGAGAUGGUGGACUACAUUGCCGACUAUCUGGAGAACAUCCGAGACAGGCGCGUCCUGCCGGAGGUUCAACCGGGAUACCUGAAGCCCUUGAUUCCGUCGGAAGCUCCCCAGCAGCCGGAAAAAUGGCAGGACGUUAUGGCCGACAUCGAACGUGUCAUUAUGCCCGGUGUUACCCACUGGCACAGCCCGAAGUUCCACGCGUAUUUCCCAACGGCCAAUUCCUAUCCGGCGAUUGUGGCCGACAUGCUCAGCGGUGCUAUUGCGUGCAUCGGAUUCACCUGGAUUGCUAGCCCAGCGUGUACUGAACUGGAAGUGGAAAUGCUGAACUGGUUGGGCAAGAUGCUAGGUCUACCGGAGGAAUUUUUAGCAUGUUCGGGAGGUCAAGCUGGUGGCGUUAUUCAAGGAACGGCCAGUGAAGCUACCCUUGUUGCUCUUCUCGGUGCGAAAGCUAAAGCCAUAAAGCGAGCUCAGGAGGAGCAUCCGGAAUGGGAUGAAACCUAUAUUAUUUCUCGUCUGGUGGGAUACACUUCAAUCCAAUCACACUCUUCCGUUGAACGGGCCGGAUUGCUCGGAGGAGUCAAACUGCGUUCCUUGAAGGCUGAUUCGAAUCUUCAACUGCGUGGUGAAACUCUCGAGGAAGCCAUCAAGCAAGAUUUGGCCGAUGGACUAAUUCCCUUCUACGCUGUCUGCACCUUAGGAACAACCAACACGUGUGCGUUCGAUCGUCUCGAUGAAUUGGGUCCGGUAGCCAACAAGUUCAAUGUUUGGCUGCACGUGGAUGCGGCUUACGCUGGAUCAGCCUUUAUCUGCCCAGAGUAUCGUCACUACAUGAAAGGUAUUGAAACUGCUGAUUCCUUCAAUUUCAACCCUCACAAGUGGAUGCUAGUCAACUUCGACUGCAGUGCCAUGUGGCUCAAAGAACCGUACUGGAUUGUAAAUGCUUUCAAUGUGGACCCUCUUUAUCUGAAGCACGACAUGCAAGGAUCAGCUCCGGAUUACCGCCACUGGCAGAUUCCAUUGGGACGUCGAUUCCGGGCCUUGAAGCUGUGGUUUGUGCUGCGCUUGUAUGGUGUAGAAAAUAUUCAAGCUCACAUUCGUCGUCAUUGUGCAUUCGCUAAACAAUUUGAAUCGCUCUGUCUGGCAGAUGACCGUUUCGAAAUUUUCACUACCGUUCAGAUGGGUUUGGUUUGUUUCAAGCUUAAAGGAACAAACGAACUCAAUGAAUCUCUGCUCAAGCUCAUCAAUGGACGUGGCAAAAUUCAUCUGGUGCCAUCGAAGGUCAACGAUACGUACUUCUUGCGCAUGGCGGUUUGUUCAAGAUUUACCGAAGCGAGUGAUAUUGAGUAUUCGUGGAAAGAAGUUGCUGCUGCUGCCGAUGCAUUACUUAAGAAGUAAAGAGGCCCAUUGAAAAGUUCCUGAUAAGGUGCAAUAAGCUUGUCUUCUCCCUAUUGCUUGUUACAUGUGAAAACUAUAUGCGGGACCAUACAAAGUAACAGAAAAACAAUCAUUCCAUUGAUGUAUAUAAAAACUGCAUUGAUGCAGAUCGUAUUCUCAUUGUUAUUUAUAAGAUGUCCCUUGAUGUUGA